AUGGGUCUUGGAACAUCGAGAAAUAAUAAUGAUGGACCAGUAUUUGAAGUUCAUGGUCGUCUUUAUCGUAUUUUAGAUACUAUUGGUCAAGGUAGUGAAGCCACCGUAUAUAAAUGUGAAGAUCAAAGUGCUAUGCAAUAUGCUGUUAAAGUUUUCUAUUUUUCACGUUAUCCUCCACACGAUUUAAAGAGACGUAUUGGAAAUUUUAAUAAAGAAGGACGUAUGUUAAGAUAUAUGUCUGGACGUUCACGUCAUUUUAUUUCUUUAAUCGAUUUUGAAUAUAAACCUCAAGAAAAUGUUGGUUAUAUGAUUAUGGAAUUAGGAGAUGGUAGUUUAAGAGAACAGCUAGUGGGAGUACCAUUACCUGAUCAAUUACGAAGAAUGUAUUGGAAACAGAUUGUUACUAUCUUACGAGAUCUUCAAAAUGCACGUGUUGUUCAUGCUGAUAUCAAACCGGAUAAUUUAAUUCUAGUGAAUGGUAUACUUAAAGUAACCGAUUUAGGCUUAGCCCUUCCGUUGGGUUCAGCAAGAAAUACGAUUCGACGGGCAGCAGUGCGUGGCACUCUUGAUUAUAUGGCGCCUGAAGUAUUUUCUCAUCAAACUGGUUUUAAAUCGGAUGUAUGGUCAGCCGGUAUUAUACUUUAUGAAAUGACUUACGGUCGUCCGCCCUUCUUUGCUAUUAUGGAUCGAGAUCAAAAAAUAGCUGCUAUUUCAUCAAUGGCACCAAUAUCAUUUCCACCACAAAUAAUGUCGCAAACAAGUUCAUUUCCUUUCUUUGGCAAUACUAAUCAAUUUCAAUCUAAUAAUAAAUCAAAUAAAUUCAAUUUAAAAACAAUUCUUGAUUUUUCAACUCUACAACCAAGAGUUCAAAAUCAUUUGAAAAAUGUUUAUACUUGUUUAUUAGGUGCCACUUUAUGUGCUACAUUGGGUAUUUGUUUAUCUAUGAAUGGUUGGCUCAAUUAUCCACGUUUAGCUGUAUUUGCAUCAAUAAUAACAAGUGUUUGGCUUUUUACACUUGAUUUUAACGCACGUACACAAAUGCAAUGUUUUGGAUUGAUGUCUGCAACAGCUCUAUUUACUGGUAUUUAUUUAAGUCCAUUAAUUAAUGUAGCAAUUAAUGUGGAUCCACAAAUCGUUAUGACAGCAUUUUUAAUGACAACAAUUAUAUUUGUAUGUUUCACAUUAAGUGCAUUAUUGACUAAAAAACGAACUUAUUUAUAUCUUGGAGGCUUACUUGCAACAGGUUCAUCUAUUAUGCUUUUAUUAAGUUUAAUGAAUUUAUUUGGACGUUCACAACUUAUUUUUAAUAUUAAUCUUUAUUUUGGUUUGGCAAUUGCUUGUGGAUAUGUCUUAUAUGAUACUCAAUUAAUUAUUGAACGAGCUAAUAAUGGAGAUAUGCAUUAUGUCAAACAUGCACUUCUUUUAUUUACUGAUCUUGUUGAUAUAUUUGUUCGAAUUCUUAUUAUUUUAAUUAAAAAUUCAACAAAUAAAGAAAAGAAGAAUAAGAAUCGUUAA